AUGAAUCCGGUUGUUACUGAAUAUAUCCCGAAUGCAUUAUCGUCCGGUUCGUUUUCUUUGUUGAGGAUAAAUUGGAAAGAAAAAAAAAGUGAUAAGAAUGAAGAGAAUGACUUCCUGGAAUCCUCUUAUACAAUAUUUCAAGAAGUCGCAAAAAUAAUCAAGGAGAACCGAUGUGAUCAAAGAAAAGAGGAAAAGGAUGAUCAAGAAAAAGCUUCUAGAAUAUGCGAAUAUAUUAGGGAAGAAGAGAAA